AUGAAUGACGGCAUCAUUAAUGACGUAGGAUCGGCUCGUUUACUGGCAGUCUACGGCGGUACAACUUUCCUUGUGUAUGUGGAGACUGAUGGUUUCAGACAGCAUACAUCGUCGAUGAUGUUCGGUUUGCCAUUAAUAACGCUUUCAUUCUUGUCAUUAACGUCUUCAAUGCAACCACGGGCACGAUUCGCUACAGCGGCCUCAUUCGCCAUUUUAGCGAUGUCUCGAUACUUACUCGUUUCAAAAUCCUCAUGGGAAGCCAUGGUUAUUGGCUAUACACUGGUUACGUUAGGCAACUGCAUGUAUCUUUACUCGUUCUACCACCUUAUUGAAGAAUGGUCAAUAGCAUUAUCUAUGUUUGGAACAAUGUUCUACUGUACCCUUUCAUAUAUCUUUUUUGCCGAAUUAUCCGCCUCGAUUCCGUUUCUGGUGUUUCUGCACGCAUGUUCAUUUGGUUCAGCGUGCCUUCUUGUCGUCGCGUCUGGUUCUGUUUGCAUGAAUCCAACGCAAACCGACAAUGAGUUUUAUCAGGCAUCCCUUCUUCGCUUUUUCGGUACUUUUGCAAACGUGGGUAGUAAUACAAUCUUUCUCGCAAGCUUAUUCGGAAGAAGAGUUGAAACCUUACAAGUCAUAUCAAGGAUAAUGUUCUACGUAGCUGAAGGUCUGAUGUUCCUCGCCAAUGAGAGAACAUUCUAA